AUGGCGAGCAGGGACGGCGAGCCGCUUGUCCAGGGCACGGAUGAGCUGUGGGAUGAGACGGAUGUGGAUGCCGUCGGGACGGACGAAGAGCAAGCAUGGACAAGGCAGCAGGGUGCUGAAGCUGAAGCAGACAGCAGCGAGCCUCCCAUGAGCAGCAACGCCGCGUUUGACGAUAACGCCUUCUUUGACGAUGAUGGCGAGGAUGGCGAGGAUGGCGAUGUGUUUGAUGGCCGCAAGCAGCAAACAGCGGGGAAAGGCCGCCGGCGCUCAACCGCAGCAUCGGCGGGAUCAUCAACCUCUUUCUCGUCCUCUUCCUCGUCCGCAUCAGGCGCGCGCUUUGGCGAGGAUGACACCGUGGUUGUCCGGGUCAUUGGACCCACGGACAAGGAUCACCACCACCACAGCUUCAGGGUGCACAAAGUGCCGUUCUCAAAGCGGACCAUCAGCCGGUUCAUUUCAAAGAUCAACGACCUCUUCGGCAUUCCCCCGUCCAAGCUCAAGUGCCGCUAUCUCGACCGUAAGUGGCUGGCCACCUUCAUGCAAGACGUUGCUGACAAUGCUGCUGUGAUGCUUGCAUCCGAUGGCCCACGUGUGCAGUUGCCCGAUUGA